AACUUCACAAAAAAAUUCCCACCACCACACAGCCCGACCAGUAAGCUAAGCCGAUUCGCGAAAGCUUAAUAAUAAUCCGCCAUGGAUGCGCAGAUCGAGCUCCCGUACUCUGCACUUCCCUUCUUCUCCUUCUCCUUCUUCUCCUCUCGAUCUCCCAUGGCGGAUUCCGAACCUCCUCUUCUCCGCCCCGAAUCCGGACAUCCCUCGCCUCCGCCCCGCCUUCUCUGAUUCGAUUCCGCCCCCCGCGCCUCGGGGUUGGCUCGCUCGAGCGAAGGAGGACCAUGAGCCUCGCCCAUCGCGCCGCGAACGAGGUUGUCUAUUCUAAAAGAUGACUCCGACAAGCAAAACAUCUUAAGGCUCAUUACUCUAAUGGAGUCAACUGUUAAUGAAGAAAAGGCUCCUUGCCAUUUUGGUGAUCGGUCAAGCAGCGACACUGUUGUGAGGUUGCGAACAAGUGAUGGUCGAGAUGAUUGGUUGUACUGUCAUUCUCACAUUCUUAUAGAGAAGAGCAAAUAUUUUGCAGAUCGUCUCUCUGAGAAAUGGCCAACGUGUCAGAUCCUUGAUUCCCGCAACUGCGUUGAGGUAUACUGUCAAGAAUCAGAUUUUGACUCCCAUGUCAAUGUUCUACGCCUAUUUUAUGUUGAAGAAAGCUCAAGGGAUGAUAUUUGGCAUGGGGUUAGGAAUGCACUUGGCAUUCUUCGUGUGGCCGUGGAGCUUGAGUGCCUACAGAUCAUCACUGCUUGUGUUAACUACUUGGAAGCAGUCCCAUGGGAAGAGACUGAGGAGGAGGAGAUUCUUAAAACCAUACCAGGCAUGGGAUCACAAGUAUUGCCAAUUCUCUCCCGCCUCGAACCUGUCAAUCCAUCAGCUAUUAUGAGGAUUUUUCGUUCAGCUAUUCAACUAGCCACAUCAUCACCUCCUCAAGAUAUGAACGAUCUUAAAACUUCAGCUCAAGAGCAACUUGAGUACAUGCUUACUGAAGAUGAUGAUGAACCUCUACUAAAAGCUGAUGAUGAGAUAAGAUCUGAGGUAAAACAGUGCAUGAGUAGACUCUUUGCGAGAUUUAACAGCCUGCUAGAAUCUUUGUUUUGCGAGUCAUCGGAACUGGCCCCUGAGGCACUGCAUAUACUUCAGUUCUAUCUAUCCGAUUUAUCAUGGGCCUGUCAGAUAUUGACAAAGUUAGAGAUAAUGAGGGAUUUGGUUAUUUGUUGGAUGGAUGCAUCAGAUAAAGUUGUGAAGAUAGUUCAUCCAUCAAAUCCAGAACCAAAUAGUGAAACAAUCAAGACGACAGUGAAGAUUGUUGAAGUUGCGGCAAAGGUUUUAGAGUCAAUCGCAUAUGGAAAUGUCAUUUUACCAGCAUCAAAGAGGCUGCAUGCAGUCAAGGUCUGGCUUCCAUUUGUAAGAGUUGCCAAACCUGCCAUAGAUUCCACCACAUCCAGUGGUGACGACACUUUGGAACUUAAAGUGGAUGGUGAGCUGUGGCAAUCAUUGGAAUCAACCUUCGUUUCAUUGGUGCUUACAUUGCCAUCAGGAGAUCAAGCAGAAAUCUUGACUGAAUGGUUGGGAAAUAACUAUAUUCGGUAUCCUGAUCUAACUGAGGCAUUUGAAGUAUGGUGUUACCGGUCCAAGGUUGCGAAGAGAAGAUUAGCCAUUUUGGAUGGGAACCAUGGCGGAUCUAGCACUCCUUGAUCUUCCAUUAUCCACGUUACAGAUUUUUUGGCCGGCUGGUUGCAGAUAACCCUGAUUGUCAUGUAGUGACAGUUCUUGUAUGUGCAAAGUCAGCUUUUGCUUGUAAAUUGUUGUCCCCCGACAUGGUUGUAGUGAGAACUAGCUGUACAGUUGAUUGCCUAAUGGUUUGGCUUCAUUUUGUCAUUCUCAAUUCUCAGUAGUCUAGUCGUCAGGUAAUGUUUUGUCCAACAGCGAGAAAAGUAUUUCGUGCCACAGUUUCAGUGCUACUGCCCAAGAAGCAAAUCAAUCGGUUUUUUUGGAAA